AUGAACCAAUUACCACUAUCAUUUUGUCUAAGCUCUGGAUUCCAUCAAUUUAUGGCCGUCGUAGAACCAAACUAUAAAAUAAUCAGAGAGGAAGCAUUAAAAAAAAGACUACACUUUUUUAAGUCAACCGUCGAAGAAAAAAUCCGAAAUGAUUUAAAAGCUGUUCAAAGUGUUGUAUGCACAUCAGAUUGUUGGUCUUCAUUGGCCCAACAUUCUUAUAUAACUAUAACUGCACAUGCUUUAAAUAAUGAUUGGUCUCCGAUGUCAUUUACUUUAACAACCCAAGAAAUGGAAGAACGGCAUACAGCUUUAAACAUAGCUGACAAAUUAGAAAAUGUAUUCUUCAACUGGGAAAUUAAAGAUAAAGUUACGACUGUUAUAACAGAUAACGCAAAAAAUGUAGUAAAUGCCGUUCAAUUACUUUCUAAUACAACUAAUAAUAAUAUUCCAGAUGUGACGUGUGCAGCUCAUAGUUUACAACUAUCAAUAAAUAAAGCAUUAAAAGAAGAUACAAUUUCGGAAAUAAUUAAUCAGAGCAGGUUAGUAGGACAUUUUAAACAUUCGAAUUUGGCAAAACAAUCUUUACUAAAUAUACAAAAACAAUUAGGUAUGCCUGAACAGCCUUUAUUGCAAAGUUGUAAGCACGGUGGAAUUCAAUCUACCUAA